GAGUGCUCUGUUUAUGGGUGCUGGAUGGCAAGGAAGAUGCCCAGCCACAUGGGACAGAUUCUCAUAGGAACAUCCAGAAAAGCAUCUUGCUUUCUGGACACCUACUUAGUGCAGAACUGAAGUGUCAGAAUGGCCGGUGUCCAGUGGGAGCUUCCUCCAGAGCUGUGCUGUCGACCCAUGGCUUUCGUGGCACUGACUGGACUGGAUGUUGUGUUCAACGCUGUGCAUCGAGCCAUUUGGGAUGCAUUCUGUGCAAACCGGCGAGCUGACAGGGUUCCCAUCUCUUUCAAAGUUCUGCCAGGUGACCAUGAAUAUCCCAAAUGUCGCACAAAGCGAACUUCCUACGAAUGGUACAUUCCUAAAGGCAUUUUGAAGACAGGGUGGAUGAAUAAGCACCUCAACUUGGUACCGGCACUGGUUGUUCUCUUCUAUGAGCUAGACUGGGAUGAUCCACAGUGGAAAGAAAAGCAAUCAGAAUGUGCCACCAGAGUGGAAAUUGUCAGAUCAAGUCUUCAAGGCAGAAAUACAAAAGUAGCAGUGGUUUUGAUCCAGAAGAAAACUCCACUGCCCCCAGGAGAGGACCUGGUAGCAUCAGAGAGAGCAACUGCUCUCUGUGGUGCAUGUGAUCUGUCUGGGAAGAGUCUUUUUGUGCUGCCUCACACUGAUCAUCUUGUUGGAUACAUUAUCAGGUUGGAAAACGCAUUCUAUGAGCAUGCACAGACGUACUAUUACACAGAAAUCCGCCGAGUCAAGUCACAUAAGGAGUUCCUCAACAAGACAACACAUCAGCUGCUGUUUGUCAGACACCAGUUCAAAAUUGCCUUCUUUAGUGAGCUGAAACAAGACACCCAGAAUGCUCUCAAGUAUUACAGAACUGCUUAUAGUCUGGUCCAUGAACUGAGAGUCCACGAGACCAACAUGUUAGAAAUAAAAACUAUGGCGGGAUUCAUCAACUAUAAGAUCUGCCGGCUGUGUUUCCAGCACAACACUCCACUAGAUGCUAUAGCUCAGUUCAGAAAGCACAUUGAUCUUUGUAAGAAAAAGAUUGGUAGUGCUGAUCUAGCAUUUGAGCAUGCUGCGUGGAUGUCCAAACAGUUCCAGUCUUUUGGGGAGCUAUUUGAUGAGGCUAUUAAGUUGGGUCUGACCGCUAUCCAGACCCAGAACCCUGGUUUCUACUACCAGCAGGCUGCCUCUUAUAGCCAGGACCGCAAGCAACUGUCACAGCAGCUCUGUCAGGCUGGAGCACAUUAUCCAAGUCCUGACCCCCUUGACACCCAAAGCGGAGCAUUGGACUUUUAUGGUCAGAGACCAUGGAGGCAGGGACAUCAGAGUAUCGACCCUCCUGAUACAGAGAAAGAAAAGACUGGAAUUCUUGCUCUGCAGAUACAGGAGAGAGAUGUACCUCACUCCGAGCUGAUCAUAGCCCUCCUUAGUAAUGCUGUUGCACAGUUCAAGAAGUACAAGUGUCCACGGAUGAAGAGUCACCUCAUGGUGCAGAUGGGGCAGGAGUACUACCAUGCUCGAGAUUACACUAAAGCUCUGAAGCUCUUGGACUAUGUGAUGUGUGAUUAUCGCACAGAGCGCUGGUGUGCUCUCCUCACUGCCAUCUUGACAACUGCUUUGCAGUGUUCCUAUUUGAUGGCCAGUGUUAAAGAUUACAUCAUUUACAGUAUGGAGCUGUUGGGCAGAGCUUCAACACUGAGCGAGGAGCGAAAGUUGAGGAUAGAGCAGAACCUCAUCAAAGUUCUGGCGAACAAUGUUCCUGACCCAGAGCCGGAGUGUGAUCCAUCUUCAGCUGCUGCAGCAAGGUCUCUGUGGAAUGACCGCAUGUCUUUAGCAGGAUCAAAUGAGUUCUCCAUUGAAGUGCAGGACUACAUACCAUUUAUCCAGUGUAAAGCCCGUUUCCAGUCCCCCAGUUUCCAUGUGGACCAUCCCAUCCAGCUGCAGGUGUUUUUGCGAGCUGACUGUCCACAUCCCGUCUCCUUCUCUAAACUGGCAGUCAGCCUGAGCAACCAGGAGUACAACCAGUUCUGUGUGGUGGAGUCUCCAGAUCAAGAUGACAUGAGGCUGUCAGAGAACGUCAAGUGCUACAACUUUAGCUUCGUAGCUAGCACCAAAGAUGUUGGCAAAAAGAUAGAGGUGACUGGAAUCGAGCUGAUGCUUGGCAGUGAUGCCGGGCGCUGUGUGUUCUUGAGCUGGAGAGGAGCAGGCGGAGAUGCUGCAUCCAGCCAUGAAGCCUUACAGGCAAGCAGGUCUUCCCGCCGCUGGGGGCGGAGCAGUGAUGCAUGCAUGGAGCCUGAGUGGGACAGUGUGACAAUGCAGCCUAGUACAAUGAUCAUCUCCAGAGUCCCCAAGAUCUCUGUUCAGCUGAGCCAUGAGCCUCCUGCUCUCACCAAUGAAAUCUACAGAAUCAAUGUCACUGUACAGUCUCAUGAGGAAGGUGUGGCUCAAGACUUAAAACUGACUGCAGGACUCAAACCAGGCCAGGAUGCCAAUCUUAGCCAGAGCACACAUGUAACGCAAGAUGGCUCAAAAUGCUGUGACGACACUGCCCCCCCUCUGCUCCCUGAUAUCCCGUUAGGAGACCUAAAACCUGGUGAAAAGCUGGAGAAAUGCUUAUUUAUGCAGUGCACAUCCACCGGACCACGUGUCUUCCUCUUCCAUGUGGCCUACAGCAUUGAUACCACUGUGGGGUAUCAGCAGAUAGUCUGCAAGUGUCACAAGGAUGAGACAGUGACCAUAGAGACGGUGAUUCCAUUUGAAGUGUCUGUGAAUUUUGUCUCCCCAAAGUUUGAGCCAUUAGAGCGGAUAGCGUUGGGCAUCCCAUUUUUGUUGAUGACGGAUAUCCUAUCAUCGUCUCCCUGGCCCCUCCUACUGUCUUCGUCCUCGCUGCAACUGCUGUCAGUGACCAAAAAUACAUCAGAGCUCCAGUCUCAGCUGCAGGAAGUGGUUCUGCACACAGAUGAAUGUGCCAGUGAGUGUUUUUGCCUUCAAUGUCCACCAUCCACUCAGAGCAACAACACUGUGGCCACUGGGCAAUACCUGAUCUACUGGAGGAGACAGUCAUCCAGUCCCGAUAGUCCUCUGAUCCAGACUUCAGUCACUCUGCCUCACGUCAUUCUGGAGUCCAUCCCUCUCUACAUCCAUGCUGAUUUACCUUCAUUUGGCAGAGUCAGAGAGUCUCUGCCAGUUCGUUACCACAUAGAGAACAAGACAACAAUGGUACAGGAGGUGGAGAUGGCAGUGGAACCUUCCGACGCCUUCAUGUUCUCUGGACUUAAGCAGGUCCGUCUUCGUAUUCUUCCUGGUUCUGAACAGCAGAUGCUGUACAACUUCUAUCCCCUGAUGGCUGGUUACCAAACGCUGCCGCAGCUCAACAUCAGCCUUCCCCGCUGCCCCAACACUAACUCCCUGUCACUCAGGCGCUUCCUUCCCCAGCGAAUCUUUGUGAAGCCUCAGGGCAGACAGCAGGGUGAUGCCUCCAUCGCAGCAGCUUGAGAGGAAAUCUAACCAUUAACUGGAUUCUCCUGUCCCCCUCUGGGUUGUUUUUAACACCACGGAAGGGAUUUUCCUCACAAAAUUGGAUCACCAUUUUAAUGCAGCAAUGUGGAUGCCACACAGGAGGUUGCACCUGGUAGUUAGUGCUACAGAAUUCUAAUGUAUGAGUCUUGUGUGAAGUGUGUUGACAUCUGGAUAUUACAUGGAAUGUGGUAAAGAUUUUAUUAAAUUUAAAUUCUAAUUCAACUGAAUUGUUGCGAUUUGAUUUUAAUAUUGAUGUGUUGUAUUUCUGUCCCAAUCUUGCUUUUUUAUUUUUUUGUUAAAGCAAUGGGUGUCAAAGUGAAUAUUAUAAUACUAAUGUUUCUGGAAUAUUCCUCCAUUAUCACAGAACACUAUUUGAUACCGUAAAAUUUCCAAUAUAAUAUCAGGGCUGUUCAGGUUUGUAAUGUUCAUGGAUUGCAUUGGAGUGCUGUCGAUUGUUAAUAAA